AUGCAGAUCCAUAAUGCCCCUAUAUCUUCUUUCUUCUUGUUUGAAAAGCAGAUAUCUUCAACAGAGCUUUCAGUGAAUUUCAAGGAAGUAGCUCCCCCCACCGCCGAAUCAGAAGAAAGAAUCAACACUGUUUACCGAUUACCUGCAAUAGACAGGACCUUCACCACACACGUCCCGAGUUCCAGUCAAUACUCGUCAUCUGAAAUGUCUGCACCGGCCAAGAUCCCUGAAGUCUUUGACCUCGACGAGUUGGACAGUUAUUCUGAUCAGGUUCAGGUCAAGAAGGAACCUAGUCCCAAGGCCACAGCCUCAUCCAAACCCAGCAGCUCCAAAGCCAUCAUUAUUCCCAAACCUUCACCGGCUACCAAGCCCCGGAGUUCAAGUUCCCGCAAAAGGAAGGAGCCUGAUUCCCCUGUCAUUUCUGACACCUUUCCUUAUGAGAAGCACGGGUUCAUUGAAGCUAGCGGGUUUAUGACUUCCUUUCUUAACCAGGGUCUUGAGCGUCUGGUUCACCUAUAUCAAGAAUCCUGCAGGCUUAACAAGACGCUUGAAUCCAAGCUAAAGGAAGCAGAAAUCACAAUCUCUGAUCAAGGCAUGAUUGCAGCCGCCAAAUCCCGUCAUUACGAGGAGAAAUUCAAAGCUAUGACUCAAGAACACCAGACUGCUCUCAACAGAGCUACUCUUCAAGCCCAUGCCGAUCUUGAAGCUGUCCAUAUGCAACAUGAACAGGAUAUGGUCAGCUACCGGGAAAGCCUUAAGAGUUCCGUCGUCAUUUCUCUUCUCCAAGCCAGGUUGAAGAUGGCCCAUGAAGCCAAAGCAUUAGGUUUUGAAUGCCCUUCUUGGGACGUCGGUGCUUGGGAGACCAAGCUAAAGAACCUUGGCGACACUUCUUCUAAACCAGCUAUCGCUUAA